CCCGCUCCGGUGCUGUGGUGCCCCCCGAGGGCGGCGGCCGGCGGGGGCGGAGCGGCAGCGCGGGGUGGCUCCCGGGCGUGUGGCGGGGCCAAGCCGUUCCCUUCCCCCCGCGGCGCGUUGUACUGCGCAGGCGGCGGCACUGGCGCGAUGGCGGCCGGGGACGGCGGCGACGAGGUGCGGGUGCUGCAGAAUCUUCGAGGGAAGAUCUAUGACGCCAAACACUUGGUACCCAACAAAAUGAGAGACUUUUUCUGUACCAUAAACUUGGACCAAGAAGAAGUUUUCCGUACACAAGUAGUUGAAAAAUCUUUAAGCCCAUAUUUUGGGGAAGAGUUUUACUUUGAGAUUCCAAGAACAUUCCAGUGGUUGUCCUUCUACAUUUAUGAUAAAAGUGUUUUACAAAAAGACCUGCGUAUAGGAAAGGUGUCAAUCAAAAAAGAAGAUUUAUGCAAAUACACAGGAAAAGAGAACUGGUUUAUGCUUCAACCUGUUGAUUCUAAUUCAGAAGUUCAGGGAAAAGUUCACCUUGAAUUAAAACUGAAUGAACUGAUAACAGAUAAUGGAUCUGUGUGCCAGCAACUAGUAGUACAUAUAAAGGAGUGCCAUGGGUUGCCUCUUAUAAAUGGACAGAAUUGUGACCCUUAUGCAACAGUCUCUCUUGUGGGGCCUUCCAGGAAUGACCAAAAGAAGACCAAAGUAAAGAAGAAAACAAGCAAUCCGCAGUUUAACGAAACAUUUUAUUUUGAGGUAACCAGGUCCAGCAGUUACACCAAGAAGUCCCAGUUUCAGGUGGAAGAAGAAGAUAUUGAGAAAUUAGAAGUCAGGGUUGACCUUUGGAAUAAUGGAAAUUUGGUACAAGAUGUCUUUCUAGGAGAAAUCAAAGUUCCCGUGAAGGUGUUAAGAAAUGAUUCCUUUCAAGCAUGGUACUUACUUCAACCAAGAGAAAAUGGAAACAAGUCUUCUAAAACUGAUGAUUUGGGGUCACUUAGAUUAAAUAUCUGUUACACUGAAGACUGUGUGCUUCCAUCUGAAUACUACGGUUCUCUAAGAAACUUGCUGCUAAAAUCAUCAGAUGUUCAGCCGAUUUCUGCAUCUGCUGCCUAUAUACUGAGUGAAGUUUGUCGAGACAAGUAUGAUGCUGUUCUGCCUCUUGUUCGAUUGUUGCUACACCACCAUAAGCUAGUUCCAUUUGUUGCUGCAGUGGCAGAACUAGAUCUGAAAGACACCCAAGAAGCAAACACAGUCUUCAGAGGCAACUCAUUAGCAACUCGGUGUGUAGAUGAAAUGAUGAAAAUAGUGGGGAAGCACUAUCUGAAGGUUACUUUGAAACCUGUUAUUGAUGAGUUUUGUUUGUUUCAGAUAUGCGAGUCUCCUAAGCCCUGUGAAAUAGAUCCCAUCAAAAUAAGAGAAGGCGAUAAUGUAGAAAUAAAUAUGGAAAAUCUACGCUAUUAUGUAGACAAAGUAUUCCGUGAAAUUGUGCGGUCAAGUAUAAGUUGUCCUACCCUAAUGUGUGAUGUUUUUUAUUGUUUGAGGCAUCUGGCUGCCAAAAGAUUUCCAAAUGACCCUCAUGUGCAGUAUUCUGCAGUGAGCAGCUUUGUGUUUCUUCGUUUCUUUGCUGUAGCCGUAGUCUCACCUCAUACUUUUCAUUUACGACCUCACCAUCCAGAUGCACAGACUUCUAGAACAUUAACUCUGAUAUCAAAAGCCAUCCAGACUUUGGGAAGCUGGGGAAGUUUGACCAAAAGCAAACUUUCAAGUUUCAAGGAGACAUUUAUGUGCGAGUUCUUCAAAACAUUUCAAGAAGAAAAAUUUACUGAAUCAGUUAAAAAGUUCCUAGAUGAUGUUUCCUCUACUGAAAGCAAAGAGCCCAGUGGUCUGAGCGAGCCAGUACAUCUAAAGGAAGGAGAAAUGUACAAAAGAGCUCAGGGAAGGACUCGGAUUGGUAAAAAGAAUUUCAAGAAGCGGUGGUUCUGUCUAACAAGUAGAGAAUUCACCUACCACAAACAGCAAGAUAAAGAACCAAUUUUCACUAUUCCAAUCAAAAACAUCCUUGCAGUGGAGAAACUUGAUGAGAACUCCUUCAACAAGAAAAAUAUGUUUCAAAUACUACAUGGAGAAAAGCCUCUCUAUAUCCAAGCAAAUAACUGUGUAGAAGCUAGUGAAUGGAUAGAAGCUCUUUGCCGGGUAACGAGGUCAAACCAGAAGCGGCUUAGUUUUUACCAUCCUUCUGCUUUCCUGAAUGGGAACUGGCUUUGCUGCAAGGCUACAAUAGAGAACACAGUUGGCUGUGCUCCUUGCACUGCAGAUGUUCCUGCUGAUACUCAGAUUGAGAUUGAUGGCGACAGAGAGACAGAAAGAAUUUACUCACUUUUUACUAUCAACAUGUCUAAACUACAGAAGCUGGAAGAGGCUUGCGGAAGUAUAGCAGUCUAUCAGGGUCCACGGAAAGAACCGGAUGAUUAUUCUAACUUCACAAUUGAAGAUUCUGUAGCAACUUUUCACACACUUAAACAGAUAAUAGAUAUCAUAGAAAAGCUGAGUGAAUCACAUGAAAAAUACCGAAAGAAGAGAUCGUCUAGUGCUAAAUAUGGGAGUGAAGAAAAUCCGAUUGUUGGAAAAGUUUCCUAACCAGAACAAACUGCAGCACACUUGGAUGAAAAAAGAAACUGGAAAUAUUCUUGGUUGUUUUGUUUUGUUUGUUUGUUUUUUUAAUCAUUAUAUGCCUUUUUACAAAGUAUUUAAGAAUGAACAUAAAUGUUAGUUGUGUUGACAAUCUAUUUAAUAUUUAAUAGAAAAAUGUCUACUUGGAAAUUUGGUCUUAAGUUUAUUUUCCUUUUGCUGAAGAACUUGGAAGUUCCAGGUUCUUGGAUUAACAGGUGUGAAUAAAUCUAAAUAUUGUUUUGCCAUUGUUGUCUUAUCGGGAAGAACUUCUAAACAAAUAAGCUUUGUAAUGGAAGAAAAUCCACAUGGCACUUGUUGGUUGGAUGACAUCUCUCAAUACAUACACUUCAAACUUGCAUGAGUUUACCAUGAGUGCCUGCCCUGCAGAUACAGAUCUUGAAAUAGAAAUCCCAAGAUACUAUGAUAUGGGAAAGAUUUGAAGCUUCACACUCAAUUCAUUUGACUUUUUUUCUUGUAUUAGGUGGUGUCAUGACUUCAUUUAUCUAUAUCUGAAGUCUUACAAAAUUGUGCAGUAUGCUGCAAAUAAUCUGGACAGCAGAUACCAGUGUUAGUAAUGUUUUUAAGUACUAAAGAAGAAAUCAGGGAAUUUAUGUUGUACCUCUUGUUUACAUUUGGGGUGAGUAUAGUAUAUGGAGUGACAUUAGACCACUAUCUAUUUUCCUUAGGAUUUUUAAGGUACAUAGUUUUUCUUAAUCUAAAAAGAAAUGCAGGGUAGCAACAUUCUUUUUAAACAAGUUUGCCUACAAACAGAAAAAUUUAAAUGUGAUCUGAUUGUGGUUAAGUACUGAUCAAUUUACAUCAUCCCAUGUAUAAUCUUACCUUUUUAAAUAAAAAGUAAUAACUAGGUCCAGCUCACCUUUUGACUACAAAUCUAAUAAAUAAUCUCUUAUAAUCACUCAAAGCACUUUAGAUAUCUGGACUAUCCCAGAUUAUUUUUAGAUACUUUGUAGUAUCUGCUUGUUAUGAUCAGUUGAAUGAUCAACAUUGUUUUGUCUUAAAGCAAUGCUUCAUUGAGUGUUUUUGUAUCUUUAGUUACAUGAAUUUGUAUUUGCCACUUAACACAAUUUCAAACUGGCA